ACUGUUUCCGGUGUCAAUGGUCCUUUGGUUAUUUUGGAUGACGUGAAAUUUCCCAAGUAUGCUGAAAUCGUCCGCAUUACUUUGGCUGAUGGAAGUGUGAGGACUGGUCAGGUCCUUGAAGUCAGUGGGAAGAAGGCCGUUGUUCAAGUUUUUGAGGGCACAAGUGGUAUUGAUGCCAAGAAUACGACAUGCGAAUUCACAGGGGACGUUUUAAGAACCGCUGUAUCGGAAGACAUGCUUGGUCGUAUUUUUAAUGGGUCUGGAAAGCCCAAGGAUGGGGGGCCUUCCAUUUUGGCUGAGGACUAUCUAGACAUUGAAGGUCAACCCAUAAAUCCUUACUCUCGUAUCUACCCCAGGGAAAUGAUACAAACCGGUAUUUCGAGCAUAGACGUGAUGAAUUCAAUUGCUCGAGGGCAAAAGAUCCCAAUUUUUUCCGCUUCUGGUCUUCCUCAUAACGAGAUUGCUGCUCAGAUCUGUCGUCAGGCUGGUCUUGUGAAGAAACGUGGAGGCGAUGGUGCAGAGGAUGAAAGGGACAACUUUGCUAUCGUUUUUGCUGCAAUGGGUGUCAAUAUGGAGACAGCUCGUUUCUUUAUGCAAGACUUCAAGGAACAUGGCUCCAUGGAAAAUGUUUGUCUCUUUCUUAAUCUGGCGAACGAUCCUACUAUCGAGCGAAUUAUCACGCCCCGCAUUGCUCUCACAACUGCGGAGUAUUUGGCAUACCAAUGUGAAAAACAUGUGCUCGUCAUCUUGACCGAUAUGAGCUCUUAUGCAGAGGCUCUUCGCGAGGUUUCUGCUGCAAGAGAGGAGGUUCCCGGUCGUCGUGGUUUUCCUGGAUACAUGUAUACGGAUUUGGCGUCUAUCUACGAGAGAGCGGGCUGUGUCGAAGGGCGAAGCGGAUCUAUCACUCAAAUACCUAUUCUCACUAUGCCCAACGAUGAUAUUACCCAUCCUAUUCCCGAUUUAACCGGCUACAUUACUGAGGGUCAGGUAUACGUUGAUCGACAACUGCACAACCGACAGAUCUAUCCGCCGAUCAAUGUCCUUCCUUCCCUUUCUCGCCUUAUGAAGUCAGCCAUUGGUGCAGAGAUGACUCGAGAGGACCACUCCGAUGUUUCUAACCAGUUAUACGCCUGUUACGCUAUUGGCAAAGAUGUCCAAGCUAUGAAGGCGGUCGUCGGCGAGGAGGCACUGAGUGCAGAGGAUCUACUCUAUUUGGAAUUUUUGAGCAAGUUCGAAAAGCUCUUUAUCUCCCAAGGUGCUUAUGAAAAUCGAAGCAUCUUUGACUCCUUGGAUAUCGGCUGGGAUCUUCUGCGUAUCUUUCCAAAGGAGCUACUCAAACGCAUUCCUGAGACAACACUGAAUAAAUACUACCCUCGCCGAAUGGAGAGACAAAACUGA